AUGGACUCCUUAUUUGGCAAACACAUCGCCUCUCAUAUUGUUGCCUUCUCCGUCGGAUCAGAAAGGAAAGAGAUCAUGGUCCAUUCCGGCCCACUGGCGGAUUUAUCUCCAGCAUUGAGCGCUCUCCUGAAUGGUGCUAUGAGAGAAGCGAAGCUGAAACAGGUCGACUGGUCACACAUUAGUGAGGACACAUUUGCGCGACUUUGUCAAUUUGCGUACAUGGGGGACUACAGCCCACCUUUACCUAAGGAAGGGGCAUAUGUGUCACCUAUGUCGAUAAAACUGGAGCCGGACCCAGCGCCAAAACCUCCGUUUGACCAGAGGGGUUUCCCGUUCGGCAGACCAGCCUCAAAUGUUGGAACAUGGAUGGGAAAAACCCCUCAACCGGUGAAUAAUGCAUCUGCCACACGGAUGCUACCACCUGCAGGGCAUUUCAUCCAAGAGAAACAUCUCAAAACUACGUUUUCAGAUUGUUCAUUUCCACCUCCCCAAUCCAGCCAUGACCUUUCACCAAAGUGCAACACCAGCCCCUCGCAGGACUUCGGACCAGUCCUCUGCGGUCAUGCCGAGCUGUAUAUACUAGCUGAUACGUAUGGGGUUGAGCCUCUUCGCCAGCUUGUGCUCAGUAAGAUCUAUGGAACUCUGCAAGUUUUCACUGUUCAUGAGACGGACGUUGGUACCUUAGUGGACUUUGUGAAAUUUUGUUAUGCAAAUACACUAUCGCACCCCAAGGAAAGAGAUCCUCUAAGAAACCUGGCUACCCGGUAUAUGGUUUCUAUUCUCAGACAAGUCGGUGAACAUGAGCGGUUCCUAGAGAUGCUUGUUGAAGGUGGAGACUUUGUCACCGAUCUUUGGAGCGUAGUUUGGAAUCACUAG